AUGAAGCGAAGAGUAGAGACCAAGUGGCAAUUGUGCGCACGUUGUAUGUGGUUAGAUGAGUGGGAGCCUUUGCGUUGCUUGCAGAUGUCUGUCCUGUUACCUGUUAACCUGCAGGCUUUGCUUUGCCUUUUACCGAGGGUAGGGUUACAGUUGCAGGCUUGUAGCCCUCAGCCUCAUGGGACUAAUACAAAACCCCAAGUAUAA